UUGACGUCCGGGAUGUAUGAAGGCUUCCACCUGCCCUCUGACACAGGACGGCUAAUACUGCGAUCCCUCAGUGAGCGAACGUCCUUGCUGAAACAUGUCUGUGUGAAAAAGUAACUUGCUCAGUUACAAAGAAAUUCAGGUCACUCUUUUGCAAAGACUCUCUCCUCAACGGAACACUUAAUUGCUCACGUAGAAAGUCCAUCUGUGUGAGUUUACGCUGCUGCUUGCAACUUCUCCAUUUUAGUCUCAUAUCUCAAAGACCUCUCAAACUUGAAGAAAUAUGCGUGAGUGUAUCUCAGUGCACGUGGGUCAGGCCGGUGUUCAGAUUGGAAACGCCUGCUGGGAGCUUUACUGCCUGGAACACGGAAUCCAACCGGACGGCCAGAUGCCCAGUGAUAAGACGAUUGGUGGCGGGGACGACUCUUUCAACACCUUCUUUAGUGAGACGGGAGCUGGAAAACACGUGCCCAGAGCUGUGUUUGUUGACCUGGAGCCCACAGUCAUUGAUGAGGUGCGAACUGGAACCUACCGCCAGCUCUUCCACCCUGAGCAGCUGAUCACCGGCAAGGAGGACGCUGCCAACAACUACGCCCGAGGACAUUACACCAUCGGCAAAGAGAUCAUUGACCUGGUGCUGGACAGGAUCCGAAAACUGGCGGACCAAUGCACCGGCCUUCAGGGCUUCCUGGUGUUUCACAGCUUUGGUGGGGGCACCGGCUCUGGAUUCACCUCCCUCCUGAUGGAGCGUCUGUCUGUAGACUACGGAAAGAAAUCCAAGCUGGAGUUUGCCGUCUACCCAGCUCCCCAAGUAUCCACCGCAGUGGUGGAGCCCUACAACUCCAUCCUGACCACCCACACCACCCUGGAGCACUCCGACUGUGCCUUCAUGGUGGAUAACGAGGCCAUCUACGAUAUCUGCCGCAGGAACCUUGACAUCGAGCGCCCUACUUACACGAAUCUAAACAGACUGAUAGGUCAAAUUGUGUCCUCCAUUACCGCGUCGCUUCGUUUUGACGGUGCGCUCAACGUUGAUCUGUCAGAGUUCCAAACCAACUUGGUGCCGUAUCCCCGCAUCCACUUUCCUCUGGCCACCUACGCUCCCAUCAUCUCUGCUGAAAAGGCCUACCAUGAGCAACUAACUGUCGCGGAAAUCACCAAUGCCUGCUUUGAACCGGCCAAUCAGAUGGUGAAAUGCGACCCCCGUCACGGCAAGUACAUGGCGUGCUGCCUCUUGUACCGUGGCGAUGUGGUACCCAAAGAUGUCAACGCUGCUAUUGGAACCAUCAAAAACAAGCGCACCAUCCAGUUUGUGGACUGGUGCCCCACUGGUUUCAAGGUGGGCAUUAACUACCAGCCCCCCACUGUAGUUCCUGGCGGAGACUUGGCGAAGGUCCAGCGGGCAGUGUGCAUGCUGAGCAACACCACCGCUGUUGCUGAGGCAUGGGCUCGGCUCGACCACAAGUUUGACUUGAUGUACGCCAAGCGAGCCUUCGUUCACUGGUACGUGGGUGAGGGCAUGGAAGAGGGAGAGUUCUCCGAAGCCAGAGAGGACAUGGCGGCCCUGGAGAAAGAUUAUGAGGAGGUCGGUGCCGACUCCAUUGAUGACCAGGGAGAAGAAGGAGAGGAAUACUGAGUGGCGUCACGCCAAUUUCCUACUCAUUUAAAACACCGCAGUUCAAUUAUUAUGGAUGAAAUCAGUGCUCUGUUUAAUUCUAAACAAUGUUUUAUACCGUCAUUGUAGUGUACUGUCAAGUACCACUGCUUUGAUAGAUGUGUAAUGCAAUUGCAUGAAAUUCAAUAAAGUCAAAACACAUUC